AGGCGCGAGUGCGGCGGGCGCAGCGGCGGCGGCCGCCCAGCAGCCCGGGCUCGGGUGGGGGGGCGCCGAGUGGGGGUGGCGGCCAGCAUGCUGCUCGGCUGCGGCUCGGCCUCCCACACCCGCGGCGCCCUAGUCCUCGCCAGCAGCAGCGGCGGCGGAGCAGCGAGCGGCGCCCGCAUCUGCAGCGGCGCCGGGUCCGAGCGCGCGGCGCGGCGGCGGGGGUCGGGGCCCGGGCGGGGAACGGGGACCCGGCAUGGCGCUGCGGAGAGGCGGCGGCGGGGCGCUCGGGCUGCUGCUACUGCUGCUGGGCGCCGCGUGCCUGAUCCCGCGGAGCGCGCAGGUGAGGCGGCUGGCGCGCUGCCCCGCCACUUGCAGCUGUACCAAGGAGUCCAUCAUCUGCGUGGGCUCUUCCUGGGUGCCCAGGAUCGUGCCGGGCGACAUCAGCUCCCUGAGCCUGGUAAAUGGGACGUUUUCGGAAAUCAAGGACCGAAUGUUUUCCCAUCUGCCUUCCCUGCAGCUGCUAUUGCUGAAUUCUAACUCAUUCACGAUCAUCCGGGAUGACGCUUUCGCUGGACUUUUUCAUCUUGAGUAUCUGUUCAUUGAAGGGAACAAAAUAGAAACGAUUUCAAGAAACGCCUUUCGUGGCCUCCGUGACCUGACUCACCUCUCUCUGGCCAAUAACCACAUAAAAGCACUACCAAGGGAUGUCUUCAGUGAUUUAGACUCUCUGAUUGAACUAGAUUUAAGGGGUAAUAAAUUUGAAUGUGACUGCAAAGCCAAGUGGCUGUACCUGUGGUUGAAGAUGACAAAUUCCACCGUUUCCGAUGUGCUGUGUAUUGGUCCGCCAGAGUAUCAGGAAAAGAAGCUCAAUGAUGUGACCAGCUUUGACUAUGAAUGCACAACUACAGAUUUUGUCGUUCAUCAGACUUUGCCCUACCAGUCGGUUUCAGUGGAUACGUUUAACUCCAAGAACGAUGUGUACGUGGCCAUCGCGCAGCCCAGCAUGGAGAACUGCAUGGUGCUGGAGUGGGACCACAUUGAAAUGAAUUUCCGGAGCUACGACAACAUUACAGGUCAGUCCAUCGUGGGCUGCAAGGCCAUUCUCAUCGAUGAUCAGGUCUUUGUGGUGGUGGCCCAGCUCUUCGGCGGCUCUCACAUUUACAAAUACGACGAGAGCUGGACCAAAUUUGUCAAAUUCCAAGACAUCGAGGUCUCUCGCAUUUCCAAGCCCAACGACAUCGAACUGUUUCAGAUCGACGACGAGACGUUCUUUGUCAUCGCAGACAGCUCGAAGGCUGGUCUGUCCACAGUUUAUAAAUGGAACAGCAAAGGAUUCUACUCGUACCAGUCUCUGCACGAGUGGUUCAGGGACACGGAUGCGGAGUUUGUUGACAUCGAUGGAAAAUCGCAUCUCAUCUUGUCCAGCCGGUCUCAGGUCCCCAUCAUCCUCCAGUGGAAUAAAAGCUCCAAGAAGUUUGUCCCCCAUGGUGACAUCCCCAACAUGGAGGACGUACUGGCCGUGAAGAGCUUCCGCAUGCACAACACCCUCUACCUUUCCCUCACCCGCUUCAUCGGGGACUCCCGGGUCAUGAGGUGGAACAGUAAGCAGUUCGUGGAGAUCCAAGCUCUUCCAUCCCGGGGAGCCAUGACCCUGCAGCCCUUUUCUUUUAAAGAUAAUCACUACCUGGCCCUGGGGAGUGACUAUACAUUCUCUCAGAUAUACCAGUGGGAUAAAGAGAAGCAGUUGUUCAAAAAGUUUAAGGAGAUUUAUGUGCAGGCGCCUCGAUCUUUCACAGCUGUCUCCACCGACAGGAGAGAUUUCUUUUUUGCAUCCAGUUUCAAAGGGAAAACAAAGAUUUUUGAACAUAUCAUUGUUGACUUAAGUUUGUGAAGGUGUGGUGGGUGAAAUUAAAAGACAUGUAGCAUUAGCUCUCGCAAGAGAGGACCAAGAGAAAUCAACAAACCAGUCAAAGUCAGGCUCGGAGCUCUGAAAUUAAAAAGCACUGAAAUAGACUUUUUCAAAUUUUUAGAACUCACAUUUUAAUCAGGGAUUGCAUUUAUUGGCUAACUGCAUGACAUGCCCAUUCUACCAUUUAAACAAAACAUCUUAAAGCUUGUAAUUUCUGAGAAAAGAGUACAGCAUUUACUCUUCCCAUCUAGAAACGUAAUAUGCUUUUCUUUCCCUUUUUAAUGAGGAAGGAGAAAAUUGAUAAGAUGGGACAGCUCUUAUGAUGAAAUAAAAAAAAAAAAAACUUUGAGCCCCUCUCAUUCCACUUUAGUAAUCUUUUUGGUAAGAACUCUUAAAGCCAAAAGUCAGCUGGAAAGAUUUGCUGAUUAUUAGUUUAAAAAUCUUGUAACACUCAGCAGUGCUAUUUUGAGUCAUUGCAGUUUCUUGAAAGUAAUGCCCGGUCUUCCUGAGUCCUUAAUAGCAGAAUGUUGGUGAUUUUGUUGGCUCAUAUGAAUACUUGUCCUGGGUAUGUUAACAAUUUAAUGUUUGGCAUUGCUUCCUCUGCCACAGAGAAAAUAUUCUGGUGUCACAUGUCUAGACCCAGCACAGGCUGUAGGCCCAGGAGCGAGACAAAGGCGUUUUUUCCUCUUUCCUACCAUUCAAAGCUGACCCUAGUGGUGGCCGGAGCAGUAAAGCUUGUGUGAUGCUCUUCGUGGCUCAUCUGCUUCUCUGAACCCGCCCUUUGAGUCUGUGGGUGACCAGCACACAGGCCAAAGACUGAAUGGUGCUUUUCAUUUUGUCCUUUACAGGGAUGAAACAGUUAUUUCCAUCUGAUGAGCCUUUGGUAGCAUUUUUGAAGUGAGAUUUUACGGAGUCAAAGGGGACUUUACACAGAUCUCGGCAUGCUUUGAAACCUAGAGGUGGCCGUUUGAUUUGUGCGUGUCCUUGCCCUCUGGAUGACUUAAUAUUUCAAGUCAUUGAAUACCAACUUCCCUGCCGGCCCACCUGCCUUCCUCCCCACCGUAACAGUCCUGUUUUGUUGAGUUGCUGCUGUUGCUGCUGCCAGAGCAGCCCACACCAAACCACAACCCAAGACACUCAGAUAGGAAUGCUCCUCCCUCUCCCCACACUCUACCAAAGGAAACGCUCCAGGACGCACGUGCUCACAGGAGACCAUGUGUUGGUUGUGGAGUCAGCCUGUGCAGGCUGGGGGCUCUCAGGCUAAUCAGUAGGGACCAGCUUUGGAGCCAGCCAAGCUGAAUCCCACACUCCGAGUCUGUGCUCAAGAAACCAGAUGGCAUAUUUCCAAAUGGGCCUCUCUGAUACACACAAUAGGGAAGCUCGUGGGGAACCGUUGUGUGGAAGGUUCUUAGUGGAUAUUCUGCCUGGUUAGCUGGUUCUCUUCAGAGAAUCUAAAGUGAAUGCCUUUGGGGUAGCUCUGGGAGAGAAACCCAACAACUUCACUCCUAGCCAUGAAAAUAGCACGAUCAUAUUGUACUGUAUUGUUAUUUUAAAAUGAUUAUUUGCCAUGUCAUGAGUAGGUAGAUGUUUUGCCACAAAUAUGAAUGUGUUUGUUGUUUCCUGACUUUAAGCAAUGCAGACGGAGGCAAUAAAUAGCACUCAGAGAAUGAGGCAUUGAUGUUACUUCAGCACUCUUGGGUAUGUUCUGGGACUACUGUAGGCUGAGGCUUCCAGCCUCAGAAACCGCAGAUUUUAAUGAACGAACUCACCCACACACAUAGUAGUGUUGUUACUUGAAACGUCUGCAAAAUACCAAGCAAACAGGAGAAAAGUGGUUUGUUUUCAUAUUUAAGUGCAAAUUACUUUCUUCUGCUUU